AUGUUUUUAUAUGUAACAAAAUCGAGAAAGGUGCCAAUUAAAAAUGUUGAUGAUGUCUUGAAGCUAAUGAAAAACGAUGAUGCACUUCGUCAAAUGUUACCAGAGUUAAACAAAAUAUUAUGCAUAAUGUUAUUUAUACCAGUGUCAUCAUGUACUUCAGAAAGAUCAUUUUCUGCCCUUCGCAGACUUAAGACAUACAUCAGGAGUACAAUGAGUCAAACACGGUUGAAUGGUAUUUCCAUUCUUCAUGUUCACCGUGAUGAAGAAAUAAAUGUAGAAACUGUCGCAAACCAAUUCAUCAACAUUUCCAAAAUGCGGAAAAAUACAUUUUCUUUAUAA